AUGCUUGAUCAGAUAAAUGAUAAUGGGUGGAAUGUCACAUUAUUCGCCGCAAAAGAAGGAAAUGUUGAAAUUUUAGAACUUCUAGAGCAAAAUGGUGUCGACCUGACAUAUAAAAAUGAGAAUGGCAGUAAUAUUCUUCACAUUGCUUGUAUGCAAUCUAAAUUUGAAAUGUGCCAAUAUAUCAUCCAACAUUAUCCAGACAUGCUUCACCAGGUAGAUUAUAAUGGAUGGAAUGUCGCAUUAUAUGCCGCGCAAGGAGGGAAUGUUGAAGUGUUACAGCAUCUAGCACAAAAAGGUGUCGACAUGACAUAUAAAAAUAAGGAUAGCUGUAAUAUUCUCCAUAUUGCUUGUGCGAAUUCUAAGUCAGAAAUGUGCCAAUAUAUCAUCAAACAUUAUCCAGACAUGCUUGAUCAGAUAAAUGAUGAUGGAUUGAAUGUCGCAUUAUACGCUGCAAAAGGAGGAAAUGUUGAAAUCUUAGAACUUCUAAAGCAAAAACACGUCGACAUGACAUAUAAAAAUAAGGAUGGCUGUAAUAUUCUUCACAUUGCUUGUGCGAAUUCUAAGUUAGAAAUGUGCCAACAUAUCAUCGAACAUUAUCCAGACAUUCUUAAUCAGGUAAAUGAUGAUGGAUGGAAUGCUGCAUUACAUGCCAUACAAGGAGGGAAUGUUGAAAUUUUAGAACUCCUGGCGCAAAAAGGCGCUGACAUGACGUAUAAAAAUAAGGAUGGCAGUAAUAUUCUUCACAUAGCCUGUGCUAAUGCUAAGUCAGAAAUGUGCCAAUAUAUCAUUCAACAUUAUCCAGACAUGCUUAAUCAGGUAAAUUAUAUUGAGUGGAAUGCCGUAUUAUUCGCUGCAUAUGGAGGGAAUGUUGAAGUGUUACAGCUUCUGGCACUAAAAGGCGUCGACAUGACAUACACAAAUAAGAAUGGCAAUAAUAUUCUUCACAUAGCCUGUGCUAAUGCCAAGUCAGAAAUGUGCCAAUAUAUCAUUCAACAUUAUCCAGAUAUGCUUAAGCAGGUGGAUAAUGAUGGAUUGAAUGCUGCAUUAUAUGCUGCACAAGGAGGAAAUGUUGAAAUUCUAGAACUUCUUACAAAAAAAGGCGUCGACUUGACAUGUAAAACCAAGGAUGGCGGUAAUAUUCUUCACAUUGCUUGUGUAAAUUCUCGAUUAGAAAUGUGCCAACAUAUCAUGCAACAUUACCCAGAUAUGCUUAAGCAGGUGGAUAAUAAUGGAUGGAAUGCUGCAUAUUACGCCGCACAAGGAGAAAAUGUUGAAAUUUUAAAACUUAUGGCAGAAAAAGGCGUCGACAUGACAUAUAAAAACAAGCAUGGUUCAAAUAUUCUUCACAUUGCUUGUGGUUUUUCUCGAUUAGAAAUGUGCCAACAUAUCAUCCAGCAUUAUCCAGAUAUGCUUAAACAGGUGGAUAUUAGUGGAUGGAAUGCCGCAUUAUACGCUGCAAAAGGAGGAAAUGUCAAAAUACUAGAAUUUCUGGCGAAAAAAGGCGUCGACAUGACACAGAAAACCAAGGAUGGCAGUAAUAUUCUUCACAUUGCUUGUGUUAGUUCUCGAAUAGAAAUGUGCAAACAUAUCAUCCAACAUUACCCAGAUAUGCUUAAUCAUAUAAAUAAUUAUGGAUGGAAUGCCGCAUUAUACGCUGCACGAGGAGGAAAUGUUGAAAUUAUAGAAUUUCUGGCGGAAAAAGGCGUCGACAUGACACAGAAAACCAAGGAUGGCAAUAAUAUUCUUCACAUUGCUUGUGUUAGUUCUCGAAUAGAAAUGUGCAAACAUAUCAUCCAACAUUACCCAGAUAUGCUUAAUCAUAUAAAUAAUUAUGGAUGGAAUGCCGCAUUAUACGCUGCAAAAGGAGGAAAUGUUGAAAUUAUAGAAUUUCUGGCGGAAAAAGGCGUCGACAUGACACAGAAAACCAAGGAUGGCAGUAAUAUUCUUCACAUUGCUUGUGUUAGUUCUCGAAUAGAAAUGUGCAAACAUAUCAUCCAACAUUACCCAGAUAUGCGUAAUCAUAUAAAUAAUUAUGGAUGGAAUGCCGCAUUAUACGCUGCAAAAGGAGGAAAUGUUGAAAUUAUAGUAUUUCUGGCGGUAAAAGGCGUCGACAUGACAUAUAAAACCAAGGAUGGCGGUAAUAUUCUUCACAUUGCGUGUGUUAAUUCUCGAUUAGAUUUGUGCCAGUAUAUUAUCCAGCAUUAUCCAGAUAUGCUUAAACAGGUAAAUAAUAAUGGAUGGAAUGCUGCAUUAUAUGCUGCACAAGGGGGAAAUAUUAAAAUUCUAGAACUUCUUGCAGAACAAGGCGUCAACAUGACACAGAAAAACAAGCACGGCCAUAAUAUGCUUGAUAUUGCCCAUAAGAAUUCUAACUCAGAAAUGUGCCAAUAUAUCAUUCAACAUUAUCCAGGAAUGCGUAAUAAGGUAGAUGAUAGAGAAUGCUGUAUUAAUUAG